CUUUUUUUUUUUUUUUUUUUUUUUUUAUAUAUAUAUUUAGUUAUUAAAUUCCAGAGAAAAAGCACGCAUUCCCGGUGCUUGAAAGGAAAGCAGAAUGGAGGGUUUUGCUCUGACCCUCACUCUCGUUUGUUUGGGCAAAAAUGCGAUUGAUUUAUACGAGGUUGGGAUGACUUUCGCUCGCUUCGAGGCAUUGACAUCAGCGGCUUAAAUUAUCAGCUCCCAGUCAGAAAAGCCCAAGCGAGGGCUUCAAAGGCUUCCCCCCCCGGGAAAGUUUGAUUUGUUGUUGUUGAUCGGCCCCAAAUGCGAGCUGCUGGCGAUGGCAGCGCCAUAUGGCGUUAUAGCGCAAGUAUUAAGCAAGGCUUUUGGUCCGCUACUACAAAUCGAGAGACUUCCUCCGUAUGAUAGGAGUGACAGCCUUUUCCUUCUCCCCGUUUCGAACUCCUCAUCAACAAUGCAUGAAGGCGCCGCAAAACUGCUUCGGCUGGUAUGGACAAAUAUUAUGGCGAGCAGCACCGUCGGUAUAAAUCUUCGAUGGCGAACGGGCGCUUCAGAAAAGACUAGUAACAGCGCGGGAAUAGUUGAAAUGUAUGCAAAAGAGCUCUCGUACGAUUUGCGUUAUGCUAUCCCAGCCAAUCUUCCUCUGGUUGGAUCGCACUUCGGCUGGUAUCGAUCGCCGUCGGAUUCGUCAACAAAGCUUCUCCCACCCAUUCAAAGCAGCUCCUAAGCAACAUGAGUGUAGCUGAUCCGAUAAUCCGGACGCUUCUGCGCUCGGCUACUGCCGAUUGGCUGAAAUAGCAUCCGUAUAAAACUGGGGACAAUGAGGAAGAAAGCCAAAAGCUUUAGCCAUCUGCUGCAAAACCGGAGUGUCAAAUAGAACAGCGAUUGCUACUGGCUUAGCCCUACUGGCAUUGUGGGUUUCGAAGUCCGAAAGGUUUGGUUGUGCUCCAGAAUGCAUCGCAGCAUCCGUGAUAUAGAAUAAAUACAUCGUUUUGAUAAA